CUUAAAAGAUUUAGAUGCACUACUGUUCCACUGGAUGUCAUAAGGUGAAUGCACCAAUUUGUAAGUCGCUCUGGAUAAGAGCGUCUGCUAAAUGACUUAAAUGUAAAUGUAAAUGUUGCUUUCUUGAGCAUGACUUUUUUGACCAUAUUACAUGUAUUUUGUAAUAUAAUUCACUAUGUAUUUAUUUCCAGCUGAAUUCCCCUGAAACAGAAAGGGUUGUGUUAGUUGUUUUGAAAGUGUGCAAACCUGGACAGGUUGACAGCACGCAGGUUUUUCUCACAAUGUAUAACCUUUGUUAAUGUUCCAUUGGUGUAAGGGAUUUCUUCCAUUGACGGAGAGGCGGACCAAAGCGCAGCGUAGUUGUUUUGAUUCAUGUUUUAAUAAAUCACUUCACAUGAACAAACUAACAAAAACAAGAAACGUGAAAACCCAAAACAGCCCUAUCUGGUGCAAAACACAGAGACAGGAACAAUCACCCACAAACACACAGUGAAACCCAGGCUACCUAAGUAUGAUUCUCAAUCAGAGACAACUAAUAACACCUGCCUCUGAUUGAGAACCAUACUAGGCCGAAACAUAGAAAUACCCAAAUCAUAGAAAAACAAAUAGACUGCCCACCCAACUCACGCCCUGACCAUACUAAAUAAUGACAAAAAGGAAAUAAAGGUAAGAACGUGACAAUUGGCCUGAGACAGAGGCUGUCAAGGUUUUAUCAGACUAGUUGUGGCAGUCAAUUUCUGGGUUAUUCUAUACUCACACAGCCUUGUUGUUCUGUCACUGAUGUCUGGGUUGGACUCCUUUUCAACCCUAAAGUAUACAGAUAAUUGUUUCCAUUGUAAGUUCUCGCCUCUUUUUUAGGAAAGAAUGUGUUUGUGAGAUAUUAUACUACUUCAUUUUUAACACUUAGGCCUAUGUCAUUUCAUCACUUUGAUUUUACAAAUCAUUAUAUUCACCCAAUAAUUGCAGACCGUAUCAGGUCAAUUUAAGAUGAAAGCGUGAUUGCCAUUUAGUUGAUUGUCUCUUAAUUACAUAUCAAUUAACUCCAUCAUUUCCCAUUGACUAACUCUCAUACACUUGGCUACUUGGCUUUAGUGCGUAGUGCACAUGAUGCUCGUCUCAUUGGCUUUGACUUCACUUAGCAUGCAGUCUCAAGAAACUCCCCGGGGCUAUAAAAAGAAGACACCAGCUGCAGUGGUAACUUCCCUCUUGUUCUGUUUGUGUCACAUGACAUGACCACUGUACCAAGUGUCUCGUGUUAAAUAAUCUAUGGGUGGCCACCAGCCGGUGGGUCUAUGUGUUGUGUGUUGUACACCUGCCACACCCCCAUCUCCACUCAGAUAUCAUAGGCCGGGUUUCAGAGGACAUUCCGUCAAGUGGAAUUGAAUCAAGGAAACUUAGAUGCAUGUGAAUGGAUUUAGACAAUGGGGUCAGGCCUCACAAUUACAAUCCAUCCCCCCUGCAGGCAAUGAAACGUUUACACACAGGGAAGCAUGUUCUUUAGGUCAGGUUUCAUAGAUAUGAGCUACAUUUGUUUUUCAGGUAUAGCUUGGUGAAAUCAUUUCAGUAGUAUUUCAGCUUAUCUUAAAAUGGGGCCUAUGGUUUGUCACAUAGUUCUGCGGUGACCCAUAUAGUCUCCUGAAUAUUCAUUCUGAACAAAAAAAACCUAAGUGUCUUGCCGAUAUGACCCUGAUAGUUAAAACAACCUUAUGAACCAAAGAUUUCAAAGAGAUUUCAGAUAAGACUUUGAUAUAAGGACAUAGAGCAGCUCUAGCAUACCACCAGGGCUCACGUUAAAGAGUAGAGAGGGUACCAUGGGAUGCACAGAUGAAAGUGUGAGAAGAAGAGCGGGGAAAGAUGGGAGGACGGGGUGGGAGUCUGAGAGGGAGAGCAAGGGAGCUGCAAAAAAACAAACAAUAGGCAUCUUUAAAUAAAACUUCAGAGGAUAUAUUUACGAGCCCCAAUUGUAUUGCUGUGUAAAGUAGUCAACAAUAUUUGUGUCAGCGGUGGGAUUUACGUUUUCACAUGACAAUAGCCUCCCAUUUGCUCAGGCACCCAUUUGUUCAUACUGUAUAACAACCAUACAUACUUAUUUAAAAAGACAAAGCCCAAAAUGUCUGAUGUUGACAAACGAGUGACGGAAGUAGAACUUGAGACUGUGUAAAGACAGGGGGUGAAGAUGGUGAGAUUGUGAGGCUCUUUCCCGCCCUGCACCAAUGCCUAUCGUACGUAGUGGUCAGAGGAGGCCCGGGUUGUGAGGGAAAGAGAAAGAGAAACAAUAGCAGCUCGUCACGACAGCACGUCCUGCUUCCUGUGUUUGUCUCCGCUCAUUAUGCACUUCCUCUAUGGAGAGAAAAUAUGGAAAUAUAGAGACAAGGAGCAUGUUGAAUCAUGAGAGAGGUUCCGCAUACAGAGAAUAAACAUUGAGUUAAAACUAGCAACGAUGUGAAAAAGUGGCCGAUCAAAAUAAAACAUUGGACAAAAUCUGUAAACAUAUGAGCAGACAAAAUGGAAGAUUUGAAUGAUAAAAUAUCUGAGGGGAGUCAAGCAAAUUUCCUUAUCAAGAUGUUUCUCAUGGAAUGAACCUCAGCCACUUACUUCCAUAAUUAUUAUCAUCUGCUCCCUGGGCCAGCUUUUCCUUACAGCGGAGCAGCCAAGUCCUUGCAUUGAUUGUUGAGGAAAAUGCACUCGAACAGAUUCAAAGAUUUUGCGCAUUUGGUAGAACAGAAACACUGUAGGGGUUGUUACAUGCCACAAUAUUAGACAUCCUCAUUGGUGCCUCUGUUCCAUUGCCACUCACAGACUGAGAUGUGGUGAUUGUGGUUGGUUGAGGUUGAUGUGGAUUGGUCCCAAGUAAGUGGUUAUACUGUAGCUAACUGUACCAGGAAGAGUUGUGGGUAAACUUAACCUUAGACCUACUGCUUGAGACAAAAACACAGUACCAUGGAAAAGGAGGCCUACAGUAGACCUAUGUUAAAAAUGUAAACAAGUUGUAUUUAGCCUCACUUUUACAACUGCAGUGCCUUAGAAACAGCGACUGUGCUGUUAGCCUAGUUCAUAACACCCUGAUUCGUUGAAUGCACAGUGCUACUUUAGGCCUACAGUACAAAGGCUUCUCUGUUUUUCGUGACCUGUUGUAGGCUAGCAUUAAUGACAACACACAAAUAAUCAUCUCCAAAAGUCCUGUGUUCUAUGUUCUUUCUGUGUACAUUGAGCUGAAAUCCUCUUCAACUGGUUUGCAGUCCAUGUAUUCACACAAGCUUCCUUCUGUCUGUUGCAUAGAGUCAUAUGUGUGCAGACAGUGUGUUUAUAGGUGCCGGUAAACAGCGCUACAAAGGCUAGUAGUCUAUGCUAGCUAGAGUUCAAAUGACAUUUUAUUUGUCACAUGUACUUUUUUACUCCAUACAUUUUCCUUGACACCCAAAAGUACUCGUUAGAUUUUGAAUGCUUAGCAGGACAGGAAAAUAGUCCAAUUCACGCACUUAUCAACCGAACAUCCCUCGUCAUCCCUAUUGCCUCUGAUCUGGCGGAGUCACCAAACACACAUACUUUGUUGGUAAAUUAUGUCUGAAUGUUGGAGUGUGCCCAUGGCUUUCCGUAAAUGAAAGAAACAAGAAAAUGCUGCCAUCUGGUUUGCAUAAUGUAAGGAAUUUUAAAUGAUGUAUUCGUUUACUUUUGAUACUUAAGUAUAUUUUAAACCAAAUAGUUUUAGGCUUUUCCUCAAGUAAAAUUUUACUGGGUGACUUUUACUUUUACAUGAGUCAUUUUCUAUUAAGGUGUCUUUACUUUUACUCAAGUAUGACAGUUGAGUACUUUUCCCACCACUGUCAAAUACAACAGGUGUAGACCUUACUGUGAAAUGCUUACUUACAAGCCCUUCACCAACAAUGCAGUUCAAGAAAUAGAGUUAAGAAAAUAUUUACUAAAUAAACGAAAGUACAAUUUUUUAUAAAAACUAACACAGUAAAAUAACAAUAACGAGGUUAUAUACAGGGAGUGCCGGUACCGAGUCAAUGUGCGGGGGUACGGGUUAGUCGAGGUCAUUUGUACAUGUAGGUAGGGGUAAAGUGACUAUGCAUAGAUAAUAAACAGUGAGUAGCAGCAGUGUAAAAACAAAGGUGGGGGGUGUCAAUGUAAAUAGUCUGGGUGGCCAUUUGAUUAAUUGUUCGGCAGUCUUAUGGCUUGGGGGUAGAAGCUGUUAAGGAGCCUUUUGGACCUAGACUUGGCGAUCUGGUACCGCUUACCGUGUGGUAGCAGAGAGAAGAGUCUAUGAAUAGGGUGACUGGAGUCUUUGAUAAUUUCUUUGGGCCUUCCUCUGACACCGCCUAGUAUAUCGGUCCUGGAUGGCAGGAAGCUUGGCCCCGGUGAUGUACUCGGCCGUACGCACUACCCUCUGUAGCGCCUUAUGGUUGGAUGCCGUGCAGUUGCCAUACCAGGCAGUAAUGCAAUCGAUCAGGAUGCUCUUGAUGGUGCAGCUGUAGAACUUUUUGAGGAUCUGGUGACCAAUGCCAAAACCUUUCAGUCUCGCGAGGGGGAAAAGGUGUUGUUGUGCCUUCUUCAUGACUGUCUUGGUGUGUUUGGACCAUGAUAGUUUGUUGGUGUGGACACCAAGGAACUUGAAACUCUCGACCCGCUCCACUACAGCCCCAUCGAUGUUAAUGGGGGCCUGUUCAGCCCUCCUUUUCCUGUAGUCCACGAUCAGCUCCUUAAUCUUGCUCACAUUGAGGGAGAUGUGGUUGUUCUGGCGCCACACUGCCAGGUCUCUGACCUCCUCCCUGGUUAACAUGCUAACAUUUGUUUAUGCUAACAGCCAGACCUAGCUUCUACUAGUGCUAACAGGCAGUAACCUGAACCAGUCUAUCAUUGUGAGGCUGUGAAAGUCUCCACCUGUGUGUCAACAUGUGCUCACCCCCUAGUGUCGUUAGCCCGUUGUGUAAACAGGGCGUGUUUUCUGCUUUAUUCAUUGACUUGGAACAUUUAUGAACUGUCAUUAGCAUAUGUCUCAUAUUAACAGGUCAGAGCAGCUUACCGAUCACAGCACCUGUACACAGCCCAUCUGUAAAUAGCCCACCCAACUACCUCAUCCCCAUAUUGUUUUUUUUGUUGCUCUUUUGCACCCCAGUAUCUCUACUUGCACAUCAUCAUCUGCACAUGUAUUACUCCAGUGUUAAUGCUAAAUUGUAAUUAUUUCGCCACUAUAGCCAAUUUAUUGCCUUAUUACCUCUCUAAUGUUACUACAUUUGCAGACACUGUAUAUAGAUUUUUCUAUUGUGUUAUUGACUGUACGUCUGUUUAUCCCAUGUGUAACUCCAUGUUGUUGUUUUUUCGCACUGCUUUGCUUUAUCUUGGCCAGGUCGCAGUUGUAAAUGAGAACUUGUUCUCAACUGGCCUAUCUGAUUAAAUAAAGGUUAAAUAAAUAAAAAUGUAAAAAAAAGUGUCAGAGGAUGUAAUGAUCCUCAGAGCAGGUUUGUUGAAAUGUUGAUGAUGAAGGAUGAGUUUAGUCAAUCAGGUCUGCCUCUAAAUGUACUCGAUUCAUUGUAGGAAGAGAGGUAGUCAAACAGGUUUAGUUACAGAUGUAGGUCAUUCACACAGGGAAAGAGAGUGGGAGAGAAGGAAGGAGGGAUUGAAAGAGAGAAGGUAUUGUAAAGAGAGAGGGAUUGAAAGAGAGAAGGUAUUGUUCAGCCAAUCGCUGCAGGCCAUCUCAUUGUGUGUAGGCUAUGUGAGUCCCCUGUGUGUUCAAGAGUUGAGUCUAAUAUUAUAUCAUCCCUCUCCUGUGUGUGUGUGUGUAUGUAUUGUCUGUCUGUCUGUCUGUCUGUCUGUCUGUCUGUCUGUCUGUCUGUCUGUCUGUCUGUCUGUCUGUCUGUCUGUCUGUCUGUCUGUCUGUCUGUCUGUCUGUCUGUCUGUGCCUGAGUGAGUGAGUGAGUGAGUGAGGGAGGGAGUGAGUGUAUACGUUUGUAUACGUCUAUCUCUGUGUGUGUUAUGGGUGUGUCCAUGUGACGCAGGCACACAGAGAGGUUGGCCCUACCUAAUGACGGCUCCAGGUGUGUUUGUGUGUUAAGUCCGAGAGCCAGACUAACUGAAAGACAAAGACAAACAAUCCCUCUGUCAUUGAAAAACGACGAUCAAGGAGGAAAUACGAAACUAAAAAGGCAGAUGAAAGAAAGUGGACAAGAUGGUGUUUGUAGCUUUCUUCUGAAGUUCUCAAAGAAGCUAAAGGCUUGUAGCCUGUCUGGACUUGUCGAGACAAAGGGGGAGACUUCCCCCAUGAAGACAACUUGGUACUGUCCUCUGGACUUGUCUACUGUGUUGGAGGAGGAAGAGGACGGAGUGAUAUACAAUGUAGUGGUGAAGCAACAGCGUAGCGCCCCCACCAGUGCAACAUCCAGCUCUCGUUCGCAGUGUGUGAAGGCGGGAACAGAGGAGAAGCUGGUUCAGCACCUCCUCCACUCCUUCGCCAUGGGAGACUCCUCCUUCAUCACCAUCUUCCUCGCCACCUAUCGCUCCUUUACCUCAACCAAGAGAGUGCUGGAUAUCCUCAUCGACAGAUUGCAACAUCCACCAGGAGAAAGUACAAAGAGUCAGAUUAGGCAACCCUUCAACAGAGCGGUGUGUAUGGUGUUCAGUAUGUGGUUGUCGGAGUAUCCUGAGGACUUCCGCUUUCUGGGAGAGCCUGGUCUUCUGCUCCGCCUGGCCCCCCUGCUGCCCUCCGACCCCUCUGGGACAGAGAUCAGGGGUCGCCUCCUCAGACUUGCACAGGAGCUCAGUGAACAGGCCCUACUGCCUGACUCUAGUUCAGAUAGGACCACCCCCAGCCCUGCCGACCCCACUAAGUUUGAUCCCACCAAUAUCCUGGGCUUCCCCGCUGGGCUGAUUGCUGAGCAGCUCACCAAGAUAGAAACGGAGCUGUUUGUGCGUCUGGUCCCUUACCACUGCCUGGGCUCCCUGUGGUCUCAGAGGGACAAGAAAGGCCGCGAGGGUGUAUGUUGGUCCGUCCGGGCCACUGUACGCCAGUUCAACCGGCUGGCCAAUGCCGUGAUGGCUUCGUGCCUGUGGCCCACGCAGCUCCGCAGCCAGCAGAGAGCCUGCCUUCUGGAGAAAUGGAUCAGCGUGGCAGAGGAAUGCAGAGCCAGGAAAAACUUUUCGUCUCUCUACGCCAUCGUGUCUGCCCUGCAGAGUAACCCAGUACACAGACUAAGGAGGACGUGGCUAGAAACUGACAGGGAAGCAGUGAGGAGGUACGAGGAGCUGUCCAACAUUUUCUCUGAGAAGGACAACUACUCCCAGAGCAGGGAGCUGCUGAAAGAGGAGGGUACUUCGAAGUUCGCCAACCUGGACGGCAAGAUGAACAACAGGAGACAGAUAGGAUCCAGUGCCCAGGGCACAGUACCCUACCUGGGGAUCUUCCUCACAGACCUCACCAUGCUGGACACGGCCGUCAAAGACAGACUAGAGAACGGCUACGUCAACUUUGACAAGAGGAGACGAGAGUUUGAGGUUUUAGCUCAGAUCCGACUACUGCAGUCCUCCUGUAAAAACUGUGUUUUCCUCACCGACGAGGCAUUCCUACAGUGGUACCAAAGCGUACCCUCGUUAAAUGAAGAAGAAAGUUACAGACUGUCCAAUGAAAUUGAGGUGCCGUGCGAACCGAGCUCUGGUCGUACCCUGAACCCUACAGUGAUCAUCACACGGUGCCCAAACCUGAAUUCCUCCAGGACCAGCCUUGUUGCUGACAGUGACGGUCUUUUUUACUUCCCCUCCCCCGUCUGUCACUUUCUUUCCAAAUUCACUAAGCAUAUGAAAUCCCCCUCAGUUUCCUGUCUGGAUGUUGACUCCUCCCAUCCCACCAAUGACCCCAUCCCGUCUGCAUUGACACCAUCCACUCCCGUCAAAUCACAUCGUCGAUCAGUCUCCUGUGGCAACAAUCCCACCAGUAACAACAAAGGGUCUGGGCCUGAUAUGCGGAUCGUCAGGAUACGGAUGGAUUUACAAGAUGGGAAUAUGUACAGAAGCAUACUGGUGACAAACAAUGACAAGACGCCCACUGUGAUCAGUUCUGCCUUAGAUAAACACAGUCAGGACCCCAAACAGGCAUCCAGAUAUGAGCUCAUCCAAUUAUUGCCCGAGGGAAAGGAGUUGGUCAUCCCUGCCACAGGAAACGUCUUCUAUGCCAUGACUUCCUCUAGUGUGGACUUCCUGCUGCGCAGACAAGGAGGCAACACCCCUUUUCGCUCUCAACCAAUCAGCACAGAAACCAGUGCCACCUUUCCUCGAAUCAAAGCCAAGGGGCGGAGACUAUUUUUUUGACAACAAGUCUUUCCCAAAUAGGCUACAUCUGAGACAUAAUGUAGCUAGUUCUUCUCAAGGACAGGUCACGAUAAGAAUGCAGGCAGAUAUCUCAGUGAGAUAUGGCCUUGUCUUUCCUAAUCUUUUUCCGAAGUGGAAACACAUUCUGACCGAGCUUGUUCAAGCAAAAUGUAUCCUGAAACCUGUCUGAACUUGUUUGAUGAACGUGUUCUUACCUGGGACAUUUCAAUAAAUAUGCUGCCCGUUUGUGUAUACCAGGGAGGCCAUUAGUGUAGAAGGGUGCAUGUCUCUGGUUGGCAAUGCAUACUACUGCAAAUAUACACCGAGAACAAGACCAAUGCAAAUCUUUAACUGAUGGUGAAUGGUGCUGUUUCUUAAGUCUCUCUGACCAUUGGCAUCUAAUUUCCUAUUUAACCAAAUGGAAUGGCCUUGUAACCAAGAGCAACUGAGGAAUCCAAAUCAUCUUGCGUAUUUGAGGGAUGUGCCUCAGGUUCCAUCAUAGAGAUGAGUUGAUAGUAGAGAACUUCAUUAAAUCAAAGUAUUUGGGGGGAUAUGACCUCCUUGAAUUGACCGUGACAACAAAGUUGAACAUUUCUCCAUAGAGAGUGGAUACAAGCGGCAUGACGACAUAUUACGUAUGCAAGGCGUUUCCAGAAUAUGAAUGGUGGGGGGAGAGCACUGGGCUGACAUUAUGACAUAAUGCAUCUGAAUAAGUGACAGACAGAGUCACUGAAACCUCUCAUUAUAGCAAAGCACGGGGGGGGCUCAUCAAAAUGUUUUAACUAUGUACUUUGUAUGUAUACAUAGGUUUUUUUUAUUUUAUGUGUUGACGAUGUCAUGAUUGUGUUUACAUUCACAAGGAGCAAUCAACAAGUGUCAGAAUGACAUGCUAUUCAUUUUGAAGUAACAGGAAAUAUAUGAAAUUGCCCCAAAUUGCAACCAUUUCAAAUGAGCACAACACAUUACAAAGAUAAACACGAUCAUUUCACUUGGGUUUUGUGCGUACAUAUUGAAUGAUAGCUCCGGUAGUAUCUCAUGUAAAAUACAACACAUUUACAUAUACAGCCUUGCCACUCCCACACAGAAGUCAUAUUUUGAGUCUUAACCAUUAGGCAUAACAACAUCAACCCACAAACUCUUAACCUAAACAAUUCACGUGAAGACACUAAUGAAAGUCCAGACUAUGUUGUGCGUAUUGAAAAGAUGUCUACCAUCGCACCUGAAUGCUAAACCGUUCAAUACAGCAUAAGCUAAUCUUUAUCAAUGGUCUCUGAAUGGGUUUAGUUGGUAGUUGAAAUGGAAGUCUGUCUGAAGUGGACUUCAACCAGUGCACCCAAAGUCAGUCCUCAAAGACCCAUGCCAGGUUAGUGAGUUAUUCUCACCAAUCACUGAAUGAUGUUUAAUUGAUAUCUUCUCUGACGUUUGAUAGAGAUCUGACAGCUAUUAAGGUUUCAUUAUGCAAUGUCUUUAGUCCAGGAACUGAAUGUAGAGGGUUUUGCAGAAGGCUCUGCUUCUAUCCAAUGAGGAUGAGACCAGUAGGAAGGAAAACCUGUAUGCAUAAGGGCGCAUGGGGAACAGAUUGUGGAAGGCCCUAACUGAUGAACUCUUGUGAACUCUGGCCACACUACCCAGUGCUGUUGAAGUCUCUACUAAGGCUGAAGCAUAGACACGGUAGUUCCAGGGAGAGGAGAGAGGAUUCUGGGUAACGUAAUUUGAUGAAGUGUUAGCGCCAGGCUAAGCUACUGAUUGUUUAGUGCCUUUCUCUCAUUGGUGCUUGAGCCACUUAGUGUCCCAAAUGGCACCCUAUUCCCUAAUAGAGUGUUACCUUUCACCAGAGCCCUGGUCAAAAGUAGUGCGCUUAAUAGGGUGCCAUUUGACAUGAAGCCUCUGUGAUGUAUGCAUUGGAAUGUACAGUACAUAUGAUGUACAUUCACAGUGCUGUAUAUGCUGGCAUGUUUAUGCACUACAUACGCCCUAUUUGUUUUUGUGUGAUACAUUUCCUUUUUCUAUGGAUGCAUUUUGAUGCGACGGUAAUAUGAGGAAUUUCUAUGCAACUCCCCGGAUGUGUGCCGUAAUUCUGCCGUGUCUGUUCUUACCAAAUAAAUGUACACAGAUGUACAUCUAAAAGAUUCA